AUGAUGAUUCAGAUUCCUAAGCACCCAAGUUCCAACAUAGCAAGGGUUGAAGCACUGUUCCAGUUUUUGAACUUAUACAAUGCUGCCAUAUAUGAAGUUAAAUUCAAAUUCGGAGGAGAAGUUGAUGAUAUGGGCGGAGGAGGAGCACCUGAACCUGUAGCCACGUUCAGUCCUUUUAACAUUCAGGGAAAUUUCGACCACUCUCAACUAUAUGUGUUUACACGGGAGGGUUGGGAUAAACCUGGCGUUAAGUCAUUUGGAGGGUAUAUCUUUCUUAUGAAAACUAGGGCAUUAGAUCCCUUAAUACCUUCUACUGUACAGUUUCAGCAGUAUGGAACACUUGUGUCGGCAUAUGGCAUACUUUAUUUUCUUGAAUCCAGAAAGCCCUUCAUACAAGGCCGAGGCGAUCAUAGCAUACGCCUUGUUUUCUCCCGCCACACUCUCUGUCUUCCUCCCCUCCUCCUAAAUGCCAAGCUUACGGAUAUAAGGCCCUAUUUAGUUCAUCAUAGAGACGGUUAUUGGAUCAUGGGUUCACAGGAUCCUCCGGUGGCUGACAAGGCUAAUGUAACGGAGGCCUCAGUGCGUGGGCUGGAUGUUCAUGUGUAA